GUGCACGAUAACUCUACGAAGUUUAACGCAGUCAUGGGUAAUUGUCAUACAGUUGGACCGAAUGAAGCUUUAGUUCGCUCAGGUAAGAUAAUUUCUUGUGCGAUUUCCCUUCGUCAUGAAUGAAAUGCGUGACAAUGAAUCCCAAACAUUGGAUCCUAUGUGUUGUCGAUUUCAAUGUAAGCUUACAUGUUUUCUGUUUUCAUCCUUUUUAGCGAAAUUUUAGUGGUAUUUUACAUUUCUGGGCCUAAAUCUAAAAUAUUGAACCUUUAAUGGCUGCAUUUAAGCAUUAUUGACCAGCUACAACCAACAAGAGCAGUGUAUAAUUCCAUGCGCCAAGAGAUUGCGAACAUGUUCCGCAUUCUAAUCGUUUCGCCAUAAAUUUCGUGUUUUAGGUGGCUGCUGUGGAAGCGAUGCGAAAAAGACUGUAAUUGGAGGUUGGGUUUGGGCAUGGGCUUUCGUUACAGAUGUGCAAAAGUGAGUACAUUUACUGCUAUACACGUUAAGCACUUUAAUUCACCAAAUCGUUCUACGAUCAUCACUUUUGGUCGAUGUGAAGUUCCUACCACUCAAGCAGGUGCCUUUGCAAAUGACUUACGCAUGAUUCGUUUUGCGUGGUAAAAUUCGCUACUUUAGAACACCUUUUAACCCAGUUUGGUGAACUUGAUAAAAAAUUCAAUUCAGCCAACCUACUUAAGAGGAGGCAAACAGUUACGUAGUUGGCAUUCCCGUCUGUUUGUAUACAAAACUUCGGUGCAAGAUUCUUUGUCUCGAGGUUUUGCUGACGUUACAUUUUCUGACUUUUUUUGGCGGAAAUUUCGCACUGUGUGACAAGAGGCACAUCUUGUGUAGUGCUUCCUUGGACUUAGAAAUAUUAUUCGAAGUAGAUCAAUGUCCGAUUGGAGACUUAUAUUGUGCUAGAUGAUUAAAAUAUUUUUUAAUGUUGUUGUAAAUCUCUGAUAUUGCACUUAGUCCAAUAUACAGUCAGCUCUUUUUUAACUCCCUAAAAUCCAAAGAGUGACCAAAUCGAUUUUCUCCUAAUAACAUCAAAACACCUGUAAGAGAAAAACGAAUCAACAAAAUGAUUAUGAAAGAGAAAGUGCUUUGAUCUUUUAUCAAUAAUUCCCUGCACUAAUUAUUAAGGAGAUGUACAGCUGUAUGGAGAUCAGUCUUGAAAAUUUGUAUGUAGAUUAUUGGUUUGUUAAGGGGGUUAAUGGACAUCCCUAUAGGGUGGCAGGGCUUGAAAUUAAAAAAGUCCUCAGGUCACCUUUUGGGGACCAAUUGGUGAAAAAUAUUGUUACCAGAUGCAAAUUUUUAGGGAUGGUGUCUCUUUUGUGGGGUAUUGAUCGAUGUAUCGACUGAUAUCUCGGUCGACUGUCGAUCGACAUAUCGGUCGCUAUGUCGAUCGAGAGUCGACCAAGUAUCGGCCGAGUAUUGACUGUGUGUCUGUCGAGAGUCAGUCAAUUUAUCAGCCAAAUGGUGUUGUCCUGUCGAUCUAGUAUCGGUUGACAGAUCGACCACAGUCGGUUGAGAUAGCAUCAGUGGUGUGUUGGCAAUGUAUUGAUGAAUAGUCAUUCGAGUAUCGGUAAGGUAUCAGUGGUGUAUCGGUCGGCAAUCGGAAUUGCCUAGAGUUGGUCAAUAUAUUGGCCGAGUGAUGUUUUGCUGCCGGUCGAGUAUCGCCCAACAAAUCAUCCAUCGGUGAUCUUUCGGUGAUCCAUCGGCAAAGCGAUGGCCAACUAUCGACCGAUAAACUGUAGUGGUCAAGUACCGGCCAUUUAUUAGUCAAGAUGUGGCCGGCUCUCGACUGACAGUCGGCAUACUAGAUCGCCACUCGACUGAUGUAUGGAGCGACAUGACAAUGGAGGUAUUGGCUGUUAUGUUGGCCAAGUGUCGGUGAUAUAUUGGUGAUCCAUUUGCGAAGUAUCGGCCGACCAUGGGCCGACUAUCAGCCACUAGAAUGUAGCGGCGAGUGUUGCCAACAUAUUGGUAGAGACUCAACCGGCUCUCGACCGAUACUCGACGGAUUCUCAAUUGACUGUCUGUCAAGGGUCGACAGAGUCUUGACUGACAUAGUGACCGAUAUGUGGAUUGACAGUCGACCGAGAUAUUGGUCGAUACAUCAUUCAACACCCCCCAAAAGAUACAUGAUCAAUUUUCAGUUGCUACAAUUUUUUUGUAGUUUGUAUAUUGUAAAUGACCAUCUCAAAGAAUGGUGUGAUCCAUCAGAUUUGAUUGUUUGAAAAUAUUCUGGACAGAAGUUGGUAUAAAUUUGGAGGUAAACUGGCUUUGUUUAUGCAAUCUGACACAUUUUUCGGGGCGAAAGCAAAGCAAGAUAAGAUGAAAUGUUUGUUUUAAUUUUACUCUUUAAAUUUAAGUCUAAAUUGUAGAGUAAUCUGGUCACCAAAGUGGCGACUAAACCAGAAUUUUUAGUUGCCAAGGAGAAAAUGUUAGUCACAUUGGCGACCACAUCAGUCGCAAUUUUGAGCCCUGGAUAGACCCCUUUUUGAAACAGACACCUACAGCAGGUCCAGCCCUGCUGUUCUCUAGUCCCUUGCCCCGUCUCUUUUUGAGGUGGACACAUCUAUAAGACAAACACUUAAGGCAUGAGGGCCAAUUGGCCAGGGCUUCUCCCAUUUUUUGUAGCAUGAAGCAUGUUGUAGUAUGUUCAGGGCUUCUGAUAGGUCUCGGAAAGAAAAGUCAAAUUUCACAGGAUUCUCAGAGACAGAUUCGUCUGAUUUCAACAAAAUUUUCAGGGCUAACUCCGGCUCCGCGACUGCGUGAAAUAUCAGAAGCCCUGAAUAUUGUUACUCCCCCCUUGAUGGGAUGCUUGUGCAUAACAGGUUUAACCUCAGCCAUAUGCCAAUGGUAUCAAAUUCAUUCAAAGGGGAGCUACAGUUUCUUGUGCAAGGAAACAAUCAUCAAUCAUCAUUGUUGUGACUUAUUUUUUAAAAAUUUGCAUCAACAGACUGACCCUGGAAGUGAUGACAUUAAAUCCCAAAUGUGAAAGUGUAGAAACAGCCCAAGGUGUUGCCGUCACAGUAACAGGAGUUGCACAAGUAAAGGUCAUGACAGAAACUGAGCUGCUGAAAACUGCUUGUGAACAGUUCUUGGGAAGGACAACGGGCCAAAUUGAGAAUAUCAUUCUUCAAACUCUCGAAGGCCAUCUGAGGGCUAUCCUAGGAACGUUGUCUGUUGAGGAGAUUUAUAAAGGUGGGUGAUAAACAGGCAUUGGUAUUCAAGGUUUAGAGAUGAUGCUUUACCACCAUCAGACAGCAGAUGGUAGACAUUGGACAUGAGAAAGUGGACAGUGGUUGUACAAAUCAAGGGGAAGUUAAACCCAUAAUCAUGAAAACAAGCAUUGUAUAAUGAAUCAAAGGAGCGUGUAAAUUUAAGUUGGUUCUUUUCCUUUUCUUUGAUUCUUUUUUUGUUUCCAGAUCACAUAAACUUAUUACUUUUGUAACUAGUAAUAUCCAGAGGUUAGGAAGUGGGGGCAAGAAUGAUUGAAGGUGCAUAAGUUUCACACGUUAGAAGGUCAAAACAGCAUGAUCAGAUGACAAGUGAUAGAAGGUUCCAACAGGAUGGAUCAUAUUGCAUUUUUUGCAUCCCAUUCAUUCUUACUGGAAUUCCAAAAUCAUAAGAAACCUGAAGUGUCCCAAAAUAAUAAUAAAUAUUAUUAUUGCAGGCAAUCAGAGGAGCCUGCAAUACUAACCUCAACAUUGCUAAUAUGCAUGCAUGGCACAUAUGUUGUCAAUAUUCAUUUUUUAAUGAAUGUUGACCACAUACCUGCCAUACAGUGUACAUAUGUGUUAGCAUUGUGAAUAUUAGGAUUGGGGGCUCCUGGUCACCUGCAAUUAUGUUGGGAUACUUGCAGUGCAACUACUAUAACCAGGGACACUUAGACAAAGUUGACCAAUCAGAUUACCGAAACAUACCAAUACAUUCCAAGAAAGUUGGUUGAGGGCCAGUCAACAGCUUGUUUAAAAGCAAUAAGUCACUCAGAGCACAAAAUUUACAUAUUGAUAUCAACCGUUUUUAAGAAAGCAAUUGUCUCACCAGACAGUGUUUUUCUUGAAACUUUAUAUUUAACACCCAGAGACAUAUUUGUUAGACACAAGUUGUUAUCUUGUCAUCUUCAGCAAUUUCUUCACUACAAUUGCCGCGCUUUCAUUAACAUCACAAUGUCUAUAACUAAUGUUCACGUUUUUCGCCUCUGUCAAUACCCUAACAGACCUCUCAGGAAACAGGGGCUUUUUUUCAGUGGGUUCAAAAGGUCAUGUCUGUAAGUUGUAAUUGGUUGAUUUCGAUCAAUGUUGUUUAUUUUGUCUCCUUGUAAUAAUGACUGACAAUGAACUUUCUCGGAAUGUACAGUAUUGUUAUUUUUUCUGUAAUCCGACCAGUCAGCCUUGUCUAGGUGAGCCCGAUUGUAAUAGUCACACUGUAAGGUUUCUUUUGAUUUUACGUUAAGGGUAGACUGUCUGCUUGAUAAAAGGCAAUGGUUAUCACUUACUUUAUUCUGUAUUCAAAGAUCGUGAAGCAUUUGCUGCACUGGUCCGUGAAGUCGCAUCCCCAGAUGUUGGUAGAAUGGGAAUUGAAAUCCUCAGUUUCACAAUAAAGGACAUCAUUGACCAUGUCAGUUACCUGGACUCGCUUGGUAAAACUCAAACAGCUAAAGUGAAGAGAGAUGCUGAUAUCGGCGUGGCAGAAUCCAACCGAGAUGCUGGAAUUAGGGUAUGUCACUAGUAAAAGCAAGUCUCAUUAUACGUACAGUCAACUCUCUCUAAGACGGACACCUUUGGGACCGGCACUAAGACGUCCAUCUUAGAGAGAUGUCCGUCUUAUAGAGAGCGAAAUAAAGGGAGUAAAGAAAGGCAGGGACCAACUCUUAAAUGUCCGUUUUACAGAGGCGUCCGUCUUAUAGAGGUGUCCAUUAAGAGAGAGUCAACUGUAAUGUCUUAAGGUGCAUUCCUUUGAGAUGAUCUGGAUCAUGAUCAUGAUCUAUCCUCUUUGUCUCUCUUUCAACCAGAUAAGCCCCUGCUUUGUGAGCCCCAUUGGGAUCAAUUUAGGUGUCUGGGAAACUGCCCACCUACCCCACCCCUAAGCUAACAUUAACACUUACUUCUCCUUAGGACAAAAUGAUGGCUUAGGGGAGGGGUAGGUGGGCAGUUUCCCAGAAACCUAAAUUGAUCCCCCCGUUGGUUCACAUUGCACCCUUUAGCUUUAGCUUUUACAGUACAACUCCUAUUUGCUGAAUUAUUUUCAUCACAAUAGUAAUUAUUAUUGUUAUCAAAUAAUAAAAUUCUUUUAACAGUUAUUAAAAAACGGAGAAAAAUGAAGCAAUCCUUUUCUGUCACUUUAUCACAAAAGGCAAAUUAUUGACUUGAUUGUUCUUCUCUGUGCAUUUACCAGGAGGCAGAGUGCGAGAAAGAAAAGAUGGAUGUUGCAUACCAAGCACAGACAAACAUUGCUGAUUCAUCAAGAGAAUUCCAGAUGCAGAAAGCUGCGUUUGACCAAGAAGUUAAUGCCAGGAAAGCAGAAGCAGAAUUGUCUUAUGAAUUACAGGUACAUUGUAAAACCUUGAUUUGUGUCAAACAAAGAAGGAUUGCAUGGAAUAAGAUCUCAGUAGGGUGCUUUAGCUUCUAUGAUGGCAAUGGCAGUGAACACGUCACCUUGUUCAAUUUUUAAAUUGAUACAGGCCAAUUUUUCUGGCGUUGAAUUUUAAAGGAAUAUAUCCAAGUUUAGAAAAGGAAAAAUUACGUUAGAAAACAAUUAUCAUUUUCUCGUGCUCACGUUCUCCAUGAAACUUGAAAUUAGGAAGUUUCAUGUAGUAAACGUCAACAAACAACAGCAAAGAAAUGUACAUAUAAUCGUACAUGUGAUAAUAAUGCUGUGUUACCCAAAGCUAUUGCAUUUAAAUUGUCAUUCUCAUUGCUAUCACCAUAAUCGUUGCUAAGGCUCUGUUAUUGAUUUCUGAUCUAUUAUCAAAUUCUCCCUCUGAUUCAAGGCAAAUUGGCAAGAAGAAGCUAGCAUUGUUUCAGAAGUCACUUGUGGCCUCAUUUCAGUCUCUCAUUUGUUAAUUCAGCUCAUGAGAAGAGGUUUUACUAUAAUGGUUACAACCUUGCAUUUUGCCCUCAAAUGUUUGGAUCAUUAUACGUUUCUGGGAAACUGCCCACCUACCCCUCCCUCAAGCCAACAUUAACACUUACUUCUCACUUAGGGCAAAAUGUUGACUCAGGGGAGGGGUAGGGGGGCAGUUUCUCAGAAACAUAUAAUGGUCCGAAUGUUUUACAUCCUCAUUACAUGUCUUGAUUAUUGCCUUAGAGCUGAUAAAAAGAAGUGUAAACAAAAACUAUUUUUUUGUGAUGUUUUCAAUUUAUUUAUUCUUUGUCUACAGGCUGCAAAGGAGAAACAGAAGAUCCGAGCUGAAGAAAUCCAGAUUGAUGUUGUGGAGAGAAAGAAGGAAAUAGAAGUUGAAGAGAAAGAAGUGUCCAGGAAAGACAAAGAACUGUUUGCCACUGUUAGGAGACCUGCAGAGGCUGAGAGCUACAGGGUUGAAACAAUUGCACAGGGAAAAAGGUAUGCUAUGGUAUAGGUAAGGUAGAGGUACAGUAUAGGUACAGUAUGGUAUGGUUUAGGUAUCUGAGCUGUCUCUCAAGGCUAGUGGGAUUCCUGGAUACUUUCAUAGGAAACAAGUUAAAGAAAAAUAGACUCAAAAUAACUUCCGGGCUGUCCAAUUCUUUACCUACCAAUUGCAUGUACUCGGCAAUGAGAAGCAUGAGUUGUAGUGCCAUAUAUAUAUGGCAUGAAGUUGCAGCUAACUCAAGUUCUAAUGUCCCCAAAGUUUCUGUGUAAUUUCUGGUGAGCAUCAGCAAGGCAGCAUGCAUAGUAGAAGUAUACAUAGCAGAAAAAUCCAACAUCUUUAGGGAUGUAAGACUGCAAGGUUAAACACUUGACUUUUAUUAUCUCUGAGGUCUUAUGUGAAAUAGUACCUGGAUGUGACGCGUAGCCAGCAGUGAAUUAAAUUUCUUCAAGCAAAUAGUUUUAGUGACUUAGAAUAUUCUGGUUGACUCCUUUUUUUCUCUUACUCAAUGGUCAAAUAAUGUUAGAACAAUGUGGCUGCAAUUUUACCUGGUGGGCAGGAAUGUUUUAUGAAAAGAAAAUAAUUAUUGUGCUUCAUAAUAUUGAAAAGCGUUUCAAACUAAGCUGAUUGUUGUUUAUCUUUAGGACACAGACUAUGUACAAAGCCCAGGCUGAAGCAGAGAAGAUCAAGGUACAAAAACAUUUUUUUCCAUGAUAUGGUAAACUACCAUGAAAUUCCUGAAAUUUACUGAUCAUUAAUGGGUUAAAGAGGAAAAAUUACAUACAGUAGUUUUUUUACAAGGAGUCAUUGAUAAAAGCAGAGCAUGAAAAUUCUCUCUUGUAUUGAAAGGGUAGGCUGAAAUAAAGCUCCUAGUGCUGAUAAACUGCUACAUGUAGAUUCUCCUUCCAAACUAUUAUUGUUUUUGCAUUUAAAACAGAAGGAGAAUUUGAUGUUAUAUGAACAGUCACUAAGGGUUUUCUUCCAUGAGACUCUUCCUUGGGUAACAGUGAUACAGUGCAUGAGAAAUGGCGGGGAGGGGGGGAGGGGGGGAGUGUUGCGAAAAAAAAACACCAUCUCCGUGUUCUGCAGUCCAUUUUUUUUUAUAACUACACUUAUUAUUAGCUUUGACUUCUGUCAAAGGUUGUGUUCUCUCUUUAAUGGUUAGCAUGUGGUGAUGUUGUUUAAGUUUUAGAACAUUUAGGGCUGUCACUUAAGGCCAGGGGGCUAGGGAUUUACCCUGGCAACUAUAACCAUGGCCUCUGGCAACUUUCAUAGAAAACAAAACAAAAUAAGAACCAGAAGAAUUUCCUAACUGUUGAAUUCCCUGCCUUCUCACUUCAUAUACUCAACAACUUGAAAUCUUAGUGACAGUCCCGACAUGAUAUUAAUACACAAUUUUCUUCAACAGUUAACAGGUUCCUCGGAAGCCACUGCCAUUGAAGCUAUUGGCAAAGCUGAAGCUGAACGCAUGAGACAGAAGGCUGCAGCUUACAAGAUGUAUGGAGAUGCUGCUAUGACUGCUUUGGUCUUGGAGGCCUUGCCAAAGGUACAAUCUUAUUUUCUAUCAGUUGAAUGUAAAAGAGUGACUUUUUUUAUUAAAAUACAGCAUAGCCUGUGUACAGAUGCCCCCCCUCCCCUCUCACCAAUUUUUUUUAGGGGAGGGGGGUCUGUACACAGGCUAAAUACAGCAGAGUUAUUUAAGUAACCUAAAGUCAAUUCUCUUGUAAAGAGAUUGACAUCAUCAGACACCUCCCUGAAACGAACUCCUAGAGUUAGUCUUCUGUUUUUUACUCAUACUAUUGCAGGGGCAGAUCUAGGGGGAGGGUGCAGGGGGUGCACACCACCCCCCCCCCCCCCGAGAUGACCUGCGGUUUUCUAAUACAACUGGUAUUCUGCAAAAAAAAAAAAAACUAUGUAGUUUAUUGGUGUUAGAGUAGAGCAAGAGACGAGUGCACCCCCUCCUAAAAAAAAUCAUGGAUCCGUCCCUGUAUUGGAUCCGUCCAGUGUUCCACCAGGCCGCGGUAUUGUUCCUAGUAAAUUCUCAUCUUAUAGAGAAGUGAAACUAAUUUUUAAUGGUCAUGAAAUAUUUUCAAAUCCUUUAAUUUUGUUGCUUUAUUUUCCCAGUAACUGAGGUACUCCUCCUCCGAGCUAUUUGUUAUAUUGGAUCAGUGUUUUAACAGACAAUUUGCAGCAUUUAAUGUUUUUGAUUUCUUACUCCAUUUGAAGAGGGGGCCCUGCCCAAGAAAAUCCUGGUGAGAACACUGCAUCUUAUAGAGAAGUGACUAAUUAUCAUAUCUAUUUUCCCUUCAAAUUUUGUUAGACACAAUAAAAAUUAGACACAAUAAAAUAUUAAUAUUAUUUGCAACAGAUUUACUUGUAUUAGGUGAGGAUAAUUUAGAGCUAGGGGACACUUUGUUAUCUCUAUCAUAAUGGGUGUGUAUCUCGUUAGCAUGCAUUUCUGGACAUUACUUCAGGGUUGUCAUUAAGAGCCGGGGGCCAGGGAUUUUCCCCGGCUACUAAGAGAGUGGUCCCCGGCUACUUUUAUUGGAAAAUAGAAGAAAAAUAGAACCAAAAGAAAUCCCUAGCCAUUUGAUUCCCCGCCUACUUUUUGUAUUUACCCGGCAACUUGAAAUCUUAGUGACAACCCUGUUACUUGAUUAUUGUGCAGUUGUUAUGGCUGUUUAGUAACAUUUUGGUUGGCACCAUAACAACUCAGAAUUUCUUGCUUUUUGUUGCAUAGGUUGCUGCAGAAGUAGCCGCUCCACUCGCCAAGACUGACCAAAUCGUCAUUGUUGGUGACUCUUCUUCAGGCGUUACUAAUGAAGUGUCCAAGCUUGUGAGUCAACUUCCUCCUGCAGUUCAAGCCCUCACAGGAGUUGACUUGAGUGGGGUAGGUAUCACU